GUGUGAGCAUUGAAAUACGCUAAAUUUGCCGGUCUGUGUGGAUUGCUUAAAAACCCAGUUGGCAGCGCUGUUUCGAUGUUCUUGUCGACCGGCCGGAAUUUCUUUCGUGUUUUCAGCUCUCGCCAAUUAGCAACCUGCAGUGCUAGAAUGGCGAGCGAAGUGGAAAAAUCGCAAUCGGCAGCUGCCAGUGAAGACACCAUUUUUGGCAAGAUUUUGCGCAAGGAGAUCCCAUGCAAUUUUAUCCACGAGGAUGAUAAGUGCGUUGCCUUCCACGAUGUGGCCCCCCAGGCACCUACCCACUUCCUGGUGAUCCCGCGUAAGCCGAUUGCCCAACUCUCGCUGGCGGAGGAUGGAGAUACCGAUCUGCUGGGACACCUCAUGCUGGUGGGCCGCAAGGUGGCCAAGGAUCUCGGCCUACAGGAGGGCUACCGCGUGGUCAUCAACAAUGGCAAGCACGGCGCCCAGUCCGUUUACCACUUGCAUUUGCACUUCCUCGGCGGCCGCCAGAUGCAGUGGCCACCAGGAUAAGAAGUCUAUUGUGGCUAGCAGAUCCAAGAUCAUUUAUAAACCAGUGGACUGUAAGCUCCAAGAGAAUUAUUGAAAUAAAUUUUGUAAAAUACUAAA